CUGAGGGGCGGGGAGCGGCUGGUCACGUCUCCCCGGUCCCUAUGUAGGGCGAGCUUCCCGCUCGCCGAGCCCCACCGGCGGCAAAGGGGCGGGAGACCCCCGGGAGCUGCGGCAGCGGGGGGGUUCUGAGGGGCUCUCUGAGGUGGCGGGUCCCGCAGGACACCGCGGAGCACCGCGCAGCUUCUGGGGGGCGGAGCGGGGGCCGCCGCCGCCGUUGCUUGGUAGCGGCAGUCCCGGCCUUCCCUUCCCCGCCGCCGCCCGGGGAUAUGAGGGCCGUAGACUGGUGCCUGAGCUCGGCGGGGGCCGCUGUCGUCUUGGCCACCUCCAGCGACGAGCAGCACCCCGCCGAGAACAUGGCGGACGGAAGUUCACAAACGUUUUGGACGACGACAGGGAUGUUCCCACAGGAAUUCAUUAUUGGUUUUCCUAAAUGCGUAAAAAUCAGCAAAGUCGCAAUCCAGUGUUACUUGGUGCGGACCUUAAGGAUUGAAAGAAGUGUAUCUAAAGAUCCAGUAGGUUUUGAACAAUGUGUUGAAAAAGAUUUGCAACACACAGAAGGACAGCUUCAAAUGGAAGAAUUUCCACUCCCUGAUUUCCAAGCCACUUACUUGCGCUUCAUCAUCAAAUCUGCCUUUGAUCAUUUUGUGUCAGUGCACCGGGUGAUGGCAGAGGGCACAGCAGAAAACACUUAAGCCCACCUCAAAUUUGUACCUCAAUUAUUUUUUUUUGAUGACCUUCCCUCUUUGAAGUACAUACAGUCGUUCUGGCAAUGCAGCAUAUUUUGAACUGCUGGGGUUUUCCAUAGUGUCUAAAACCACUGGACAUAAAGGAUUAUUUUUCUGAAGGAAUUGUGCUGCGAUUUUUCGAUCUUCAAGGCUUCUGUGAUUUUUAAUAACAAUAUUGUUUUUGAAAGCCCAUCCAUCUGAAACAAACGAGAAAGGGAAUUAGCAAAGGACACUCUGAAUAGGUGCCAAGGGUGGAGAUACACGAUGCCAUAUCCCAAAACUCUGUUAAAAUAGUAUUUCAAGUUAACUCCUAACACCAAAACUUGCCAUGAAAUGAAAUUUCCCCCUCAGAGCACGAGAGCUUUUCAAAUAAAUGGUGCCAAGAUCAUAUUUUUUUUCCCUUUAAUUUUGACAAAUUGUUUUCCCCUUGCCCUGAACUCAGAGAUAUUUGGUGUAUUUUAGCUGAAACUUUGCUAUGUAAAUCAACCCUAGAGAGAUAUCAGGAGGGGAGAUAUAUCCUAUUUAGGUAAGAUUUGCCAAAAUUAUUGGCAUGGAGGAAGGAAUUUUAAAACGAUAAGCGAUGCUAUCAGCGGAUACCCAUUCAUUUAGAACAAUUUCAACAAUCGUACUGUUCAUUCUGCUCAUUGGGCCUGUAAAACAAUGUUUUAGGUCUGUGAGAAUGAAACAUUUCUGAGUCACAGCACACCUUCCUUUUUCAGAAAUGGGCAAGUACACAUUUGCGCGCAACCCUUUUUAAUGAAAUAGAAACUAGUAAAAGUUUCUGAUGA